GCUCGUCCAAAAGGAGAAGGACUGACACCAUACCAGGGCAAGAAACGCUGCUUUGGUGAAUAUAAGUGCCCCAAAUGCAAGAGAAAAUGGAUGAGUGGAAACUCCUGGGCUAACAUGGGACAAGAAUGUAUCAAGUGCCACAUUAAUGUUUAUCCUCACAAACAGAGACCCCUGGAGAAGCCGGACGGCCUGGAUGUUUCAGAUCAGAGCAAAGAACAUCCCCAGCAUCUGUGUGAGAAGUGCAAAGUUUUGGGCUACUACUGCCGCCGUGUGCAAUAAACUUUCAAAGUGGCCUCUUCCCAUCCCCAUCAUCCUUAAAGAUCCUCUGGCAGCAUGCGAUCAAGAGCAGCACAACAAAUCAAGAUAAAAUCUCAAAUAAUUGCCAACAUUGCCUAUCUAAUAAUAUGCCUUACCAUUAACAGAAUGUAACAUUUCUCCUGUGCAUGUGCAGCAUGCAACAGGUGUUUAAAGGACUAUGAACUGUAUACAUAUAUAUGUAGAUUUUUAUAUAUAUAUGUACACACAUAUAUAAAGUGUUACUGAUGGUGUUCACAACAGAACUAUGACUAUAGGUUCUGCUGAUUGUUUACACAGACCCUAUAUCCAGGUGAAAUGAAGUACUAUUCAAUAGGCAAGUACAAUACUCACAAGGAAUAUAUGUUAUAUGUAUGGCUAUUGCAGAGGUUAAAUGACUGUGGGGCCACUAAUUGCAAGCACUCACCCACAAUAUGAACAUUGUUCCUAUUACAUGGCAAGACAAAGGA